AACUAUGCAUCAAAAUACAGUGUUUUGUAGAGUUUUGACAGUUCUUGAAAAGCUCACUGGAAAUAUUGUUUUCGGAUGCAUGCUAAUGAUUGGAAUAUUUUUGCAUCAAUUGCUGACCAAUUUGUUCCGGAUACACGAUCGAAAGAAUGGAGCUUUAAUGUUGCCAUUUUAUAUUGGAACAGGAGUCAUUUCGAUUGCCAGUGUAUCUUGGUGGACUACUUUAAUGGCGAAAUAUAACGAUCAGUAUUGUUGGCAGGUUGCGGAGGAUUUUCGUGUGGAUUGGAUACUCGAUGGACCUAGAUUGGCGAUGUUGUGUGUCAAUUUGAUUCUUCUAUUGCAUAUAACUGUGAGGCUUUGGCAUGCCUUCAAUGCCAAGGAAUCUGAUGACAGUCCAUUCUUACGAGCUUUGAGAGCUGCUUUGAUAUGUCUUCCGGUCUUUGGAAUGCAAUUUCUCUUUUUAAUCAUACGGCCAGAUAUGGAUAGCUGUGACAUAGAGCAGUUUUACUACAUCACAAAUUAUUCUAUAGCUGGAGCUCAAGGAAUUUUUAUUGCUAUAUUCCAUUGUUAUACAGAACGUGAAGUCAGUAAAUAUUUUAAAGACUGUUGGUUUAGUUUCAAAAAGGUUUGGCGAAGAGAUUCAAUUAUAUCAAGAUGUAGUCAUACGACUGCAAAUGAAACACAACAAGAAUUAUUCAACAGUGUUUUGGUAUCGAAGAGAAGUGAGGGAAAAUUAAUGGCAUUUUGAGAAUAAUUUAAGUUAACUUAAUUGAAAUUGUAGGAUCAAUUCACAGGCCACGCAGCAUG